AUGCUACGAUUGCAAUCUACCUUCGCACUUUUGCUAGUCUUGAGCCUCUUUAAUGGAGCUCAUGGAUUUUGGUGGAGAUGGAGUAGAAAGCAAGUCAUCGGUUAUGCAAUGGUUUCUGAAGAGCACGCUAAUCUAAUCAAUAAAUACCACGAUUUAAUUGUGCAAGAUGGUACAAACUUUCAAGUAGGACCUGGCUUUUACCUUCGAGACAAACCUAGCUGGGAAAGUCAAGAAGGAAAAUGGUAUUGUGUUGUUAAAGCGAAUACGAAAAAGAUGAAAAAAGCUCGCAAAGCGAUGAUUCCGAAAACUUAUGAAAUACUUAUUGCGCCUCGUCAAUUUCAGACAACGAGAUUGUAUGGCGCAGAGGAAUCAGUUAUUGCGAACUAUAUAAUAAGAAAUAGAGGUAUAUAUGAGCCCGAGAUCACGCUGCGAUUUUCUUGGGUUGAUGGCGUCGUCGAUCAGCAACGACAGAUGACUAUUCCAAAGCAAAUGGCAACUAGCGGUGAUUUGGAUUUCUGGGCCAAAUGCUUUGAAACAGAAAAAAAGCUAAGGAAAUAUUCGGACAAGACUAUUGAAUGGGAACGCGAUUGGAAGCCUCGUGUCAAUUUCAAGUCAAUUGCCCCUCGAAAGGAAGAAAACUCAAGGGUUUAA